AGUUGGUGACGGAAUGGGGGUGAUCGGUCAAUCAGUCUACUUGUUUUUAAAAACAGAUCUAAUCAUUCGGUGAAUCUUCGCGCCGUAUUGACCGAUUUCGUUAUAAGUGGUAAACAGUUUUUCAAUUUGAUUUUCGAAUGGGAUCAUUUGGAUUACAUAUUUAAUUCCCAGGUAACCAGGUGCGCACGAUAAGGUCCUCCCAUAAUUCCGAAGCAUCCCUUCUUCUCUUAAAAUGGAUGCCAGUUAUGUUCCCAACAACCCCCAGUUCGGGCUACAAUUGGAGUGCAACUGGACCGGAGCUUCUUCUGGUUUACAACAGAUUACCAACUGCCCAGACGAUUUAUCGUCUUGUUGGAACGAAGAGAUGGGAUCGUUUUCGUUACCAUUAGACUUGGAGCCUCUACCGAGUCUUUUUAAUGUCUCACCAUGCAGCAACAACGGAAAUUAUAAAAUAGAGCCUUCGAUUGCAAACCAAGCAACUCCUCUGGUAUUUCGAGAUCAAAAACAACAAGGACCCGACGUCGCCGACGUUCUAUUAUCUCUAAAACAUGCCGUCGUUCAUCCCGGUCAAACUUCUAGCGAUAAAUACGAAACGCAACACGUCUACCAUCCGCAGAUGCUUCUUUCUCCAGGUGGUUACACGGGGGGUAUAUGCGAGCAGACGUUUUCCCAACAACCCCCGGUUUUUCCCAGUAUGUCGGUGAACGUAUCCAUGAAUAUGACGAUGCACGGUUAUCAUCCUAAUAAUAAUUGCGGAUAUACUCCGACGGAAAUUUCAUGUCCGCAUCAGUUACAGUGGAGCGCUACGCCGCAGGGUUCGACUCAAACUUAUCAAGGUCAAGGUUUAUUAAGUCCUACUUACGGCGGUACCACGUACUCGUUCACCGCCGAUUUCCGACCGCCGCAAGAAGUACCCGCAGCUUCUUCUUCUUCUUCUUACAAACCUAUCAGUUUUUCGUCGCCUCGAAGAAGACAUAGCAUCAAUUACAUCGACGACGAAGGACAAAAACCGAACGUCUGCAGGAUUUGCGGUAAAAGUUACGCUAGACCCAGUACGUUAAAGACGCAUCUGAGAACGCAUAGCGGCGAAAAACCUUACAGGUGCAUAGAUUGCAACAAAUCGUUUUCGCAAGCGGCUAAUUUGACGGCUCACGUUCGGACGCAUAGCGGGGAAAAACCGUUUCGAUGUCCGGUAUGCGAUCGCAGAUUCUCCCAAAGUUCUUCAGUUACAACGCACAUGCGCACGCAUUCCGGCGAACGACCUUAUAGAUGUAGAUUGUGCAAAAAGGCUUUCUCGGAUAGCAGUACCCUUACGAAACACCUGCGUAUACAUAGCGGGGAGAAACCGUACGAAUGUAAAUUGUGUUUAUUGAGAUUUAGUCAAAGCGGUAAUUUGAACAGGCACAUGCGAGUUCAUAGUAGCAACGGUAUGCCGCCGUGACAUACGUUAUUCGGUUAUCAAAUUCAAUAAAAAACUCGAUCGGUAUAUCAAAUUUAGAUAUAACGUAUUUUAUCGAUAACUGGUGCUUCGUCAAAAUAUCAGAAAAUCGAAUAUAUCCCACCGACGAAAUACUUUAACUUCCAGUCUCAUUUUGAGAUACUUUUUUCCACUAAAUACAUUCAUUAUUGAUGACACACACUUUAUUUUCCUUCUUCUACGUCUCGGUGAGUCAAAAUCGUCCUCGAGAGGUUUUCGUUUUGGGUGCAAUAACGAAAAUUUCUAGAUUUUUCUGGACAAAUCGCUGAAGUAUCAAUACGGAAAGGAAACUGAUCAUUUGGUUAUUCAAUAAUUUUGCUUUAUAACACAUAAGUCGUGUGACUGACUAAGAGAAACAUUUUAUUCAUCAAUUCAAUCUCCUCCAAGAGCAAUCCAAUCGUUCCAACCUUUCUUUAACUUCUCGAUGCCUUUGUUUGUUGAAGGAUUUGUCUUUUGCUUCAAAAUAGUCUUCAAUUUCACCGAUUGCUCCUUCCUUCGAUCUAAAUUUGUUACCGGCGAGCACUGGGGACCAGAUCUGGACUAUACGGUGGAUGAGGAAGCAUCGACUUGGGAAUCGGUGUAUUUUCUUGGUGAAACCGUGGUUUUUUCUUUGACAUAUGAGAUUUUUGCAUUCAAACUCCCUUUUGGAGUUAGUCGAUGAAAAAUACUCCGUGCUCACUCCAAAAUACUGAAGCCAUAACUUUACCAGUUGACUGUUGUGCCUUUGGACGUGGUUCGCCGGCUGCAAUCUACCCAGAUUAUGAUCGUUCACCUUCAUCGGUGGCUGUAUAACCACGUUUAAAUUCAUCAAAUGGUUGUAUUCGAUAGAGUAGAAUCGGGAUAACACUUUUGGAGCCAUUGCUGAGCUUGUACAAUAUUUUUUAUCAAGAAAUAAUAAUAAAUUACCCCACGAAAUUCGGUACUUCGUAAACGUCAUAAGGUAUUGUCAGUGGCAGCGCCAUCUGUGUGACGGUCACACGACUUAGAGAACGUUUUUUUAAAUUUUUUUUUGUUUAAAAGUAUUAAAAUCUGUUGAGGGGUGAAUUAAACGAGAUAUAUUCCAUUGUUAACAAACAAAAGUAUCUAUAACUACAAAAAAGAAUAUUUUUUUUAUAGACAUAAACAACGAUGUAUGUAUCGAACUCAAUUGUUAAACGUGUACCAAAGAUUUGAUUAGUUCUAGUCAAUUUAUGUAUAUAAUAAACAAAGAUCUCGAUGUUGAUAUUUUUUAUUUGAAAAUAAAAAAUAAUUAUUAUAA